UCUAAAAGAGUCUGUUACACAUUCAGUGUUAGCCAUUCUUUUAGCUGAUACCCAUUGUAAAAAGAAGUAAAUAAUAUUAAAAUAUCGUUUUAUAAGUAAAAAACGCGUAUUUUAACCAUCCUAUGCCCUUCCUAGCUGAGGUUGUUAGUAAGCUCUUAGUUUGUGUUCCACAUUUUAAAUUUUGGAGAUGGAAGGUUGAGAUCUAUGCUCGUACUGUCUUUCAAAACAUAGAACAAAAUGUCUAAAGCUCCUGUUGUUCUUGAUUUAUGUUGCUAUGGGGACAGCGUCAAGAUGGCGUAGGGUUGAUUGUCUUGUGAAGAGAAACUUAAGAGACUACAGCAAUGUUUGAUGUAGUCAGUGCCAAUUUAAAAUGUAAGGAAAAGUUUACUUUUUAAUUUUUGUAACAGAUUCUUGCCGACAUAUGGCUAUGUAACAGCAAUGCUCCUAUUUAGUCCGAAAUGCUGAUAUGGUGUUGUGAUAGUUGGGAAGUUUCCUUUUGUAGAAUGAUGCAAAGACCGUCGCCGUCUUCUGAUCGCUACUCUCUCAGAAGUUUUAAAAUUCACUUGGAAAAUUAUUUAGAAAAUGAAAGACAGAUUUUGUUAGAUGAUCAAAAAGCAAGCCAGCUUCGAGCUCGAAAACUUUCUGCGGAAAACAACCAAAGGAGAAAAGCUUUUGAGGACAAAUGUAAAGAGGAAAAUAAAAAAGAACAAAGAGUUAGAGAGGAGAUGCUUAAGCAAAGGAAACAAAAACUCCAGGAAGCAACAGAAAGAUUUCAGCGUUCCCAUGUACCCAAGUCAGUGCACAGGAAAAUAGGUCACUGGAAAAAAAUUCCUAAUUUAAACAAAGGUCUUGAACAGAUUCACAUUCUAAGUCCAGUGCCAUCUUUUCAUGGUUUGGGUGUCUUAAGGAAUUUAUCUGGCAGUAGCAGGGUUAGAGAUUCAUCUUUAUAUCUGCCUGCAUCAAACAAUGGUACCUUGUAUCAGAAACAUCCCUCAACAACUGUUAUUGCCUAUACCAAGCUAAUGCAGGAGAAGAGUGGCUAUGAUCUAAAGCAGAAUAAACUUCUGUUUCAAAAGGACCUGGAAGAAACACAGACAAACCUCAAGAAACAGCACCUUUCUAGUUUAAAGAACUUCUGUCAAGAAAUUGGCCAGAUAACUUUCUCAGACAGCCUGACAAGCUUGGAUAGUCUAGAUGCUGCACAGCAGACCAGUAACUGCUUGGAACAGGAUGCAACAUCACCAUUGUCAGCACAGGACACUGUAUCCAGCGCUCUUCAAAAGUUAGAAUUAAUGAUGCCAUGCAGAUGUACACCAGAUACAAGUAGUUUUUGUGAAGCUCAGAAUGCAAAUGCUUCUUUCAGUGAUACAGAGAGUCAAAAUACAAGUAUUUCAGACGUAUCUCAGGACAUUUUAGAAGCUUGCGAUAAUGUAACCUCUACUAUAGGUAAGAACAUGAGCAAUACACUAGAGAAGAUGAUAACUUCUGAUAAAAGAGGGUUAAGUUUGAAUUCUGAAACAUCUGAGAAUGCUGCAUGCAGUUUUAUUAAUCAGUCUAAUUCAGUGGAAAGUGACAACUUAAAGUAUCAUGAUACUUCAUGUAAUGAUGCCUUCAGUAUGAAUAAGCAGUGCAGUUCUGCAGAAGGUAAAACGGAAAAAAAAAUCACCAGUUUAUGCACUGAGCAAAAUACUCAGACUGCUUCAUAUAAUGGAAGUGAGAGAAAUGUUGUACUGUCUCCUGGUAACUUUGUGUUAAUACCUUGUAAAGCAUGGGGUACUGCUGAUGUUACUCCAAGGACAGCAACUGAGAGUUCAGUGUCAGAAGAAACAUCAAAAAUGGUGCAGAAAUCCCAAAUAAAAUCACUUUCUUUUUCCAACCAGCCAAUGGCAACUUCUGUUGUCACAUGUCCUAGUGAAACACAGUCUAGAAUUUAUAGUAGCAGUUUUCCUGCCAUUGGUAAAGCACUUAGUGGCAACAUAUCUUUUACCUACAGUAGUGGAUCAACAAAUAAGGUUGAAGAUAUACUUUCAGUUAUUGAUAACAAUGUGUACGUCCUUCAAAAGCAAAAGAAGGAAGAAACACAUGAAGGGAUGAUUGUUGCCUUUAAAGAGAAGGAGAUUCAUAAAAUGACACUUUCUUCAAAUACUGAUCAAAACAACAUCAAGAAAGAUCAUGUUAACUUAACAUCUUUUUGUGAUAGUACUUUAAAAGUUGGAUCAGUACAUUGUGAACAGCAUAAUUCUUAUAGCUGUCAAAAAAGAAAUGUUAAAUUGAUUAAGAGUAUUCUUAAGAAAGACUCUAAAUAUGACCCAACCUAUUUCAGGCCAUUGGUAAAUGGUGGUGGUUUAAAUUUUGAAAAGCAAACUCAAGUUUGUGUUAGAGAUAGUGUGGAGCUGACCAGAAUGAAAGAAAAUAGGUUAAAUAUUCAGAAGCCUGAGAAAAAACUAAGGUGGCUAGAUGAAACUGAUGCUGGUACUGAAAAUGAGGAUGAUGACACAGACAUCUGUAAUCAAAACCAAGUCAAACUGUCAAACUUAUCUCCAUCUGUUUCAGAGAAUAAAACUAAGGCAUGUUCUACAAAUUCCAGUUCUGCUGAAAAAACUGAGGAUCCCCUUUAUGACAUUGGUGUAUCAUGUUCUGGGAUUACUGCAGUAUCUGCUAAAACUUUGUCCACAUCAUCUAUGUCCUCAACAGGCUACCAUUUUACAAAGCAUGACUGGGCAUCAGCAAAAAGAGAUGAAAAACCUGCAGGGAAACUAGCUACAUCCAAAGCUGAACAUGUUAUUUCAAUCAAAAGAAAGUCUAAAUUAAUCAAAAGGCCAAGAUCUGACAAAAAAAUUCAGUUAAGCACAACAGGCAACAGCAGAAAGUGUACUGUAGUCCAAACCCAGUCUUCCGAUAACUGCAAUAAGUUGGUCAAAGCUCAUGGUAAAAUCAUUGUGCCAUGUCCACCACAUAAAACUGUGACUAAUAGCAAGCAAGACCUCAGUAUAAUACAUCCAGUGCAACCUCAAGUAUAUCCUCUUCCAUUUCGCUCUGGCUCACAUAAAGUUUCACAGAUCAACUCAUUAGAGGAAAUGCCUGUGAACUGUAUUUCCAGCUGUGAUACUCUUGAUGAAAAUAUUUUACUUUCUGGUAAUGUUGUUAAUACUAACUCAUUCAUCAUGACAUCUUUCCCACCUUCGCAUACCCUUCUGGCUUUGGAAGACACCUGUAAAACAAACAACUUAAGUAAAACUAUUAAUUCCCCCAUCCAGCAGGAUUUUUCAAAUUCUUUGUCAAAACAAAAUACAGUUUGUGCAGCAGAUGGAUUGCAUCUGGAUCAUAUGCCAGCAGAUAAAGAAGGUGACAAAGUUUGGUAUGGACUACAACAACCACUGACACAAAAUGAAUUUGCUUCCAGUAAGAACCAACAUUUUUUCAAUACUUCAGUAAAUUAUAUUAAGGAUUAUUAGUCCUGAGUAAAUUAUCCCUAACUCUUGCAUCUGAGGAAAAAGAGGUUGGUAACUGAGGUAGUCAUGUCAUUGACAACUGUCUUGAUAUACUGGAAGUAAAGAAUUUAGUCAAAAACAAACAUAACCAAUAAUCAAACAAAAUGUCAAGAUAUAUCUACUGAGUAUACUUUGUCUGUUUUUAUAAAUUUAAAGAGAAACUUGUAACAGUUUAAUUGUACUUUUAUUCUCUUUCCAGAGUAGCUUUCUUUUUGUUUGAUUACUCGCAUUCAUAUCUUCACAUCUCACAUUAAUAUCACAGUAACUUUUUCUGCAAACAUGGGCUUUUGCUCAUUUGCCAUUUAUUUUUUAAGCGAUCUUACAUUUUAUUUCAAAUGUAUGUAGUUUCAGCCUUUCAAACAUAAAUGUAUGUGUUUUAACUGAU